UACCUCUUCCUACAUUAAAAACUAACUCUAUAUAAAAUGCUGGCAACAUACUAAAUCAUCUGUCACCAACAUUUCCAACAAACCUUGCAGUCUGUUUUCUCCUUUUGCUCUACCACUUCAUUCUUCCAGGCUUCUGCAUUAUCAAAAAACAAUGAAGAAAUGUUCUCUGGUAGCUCACCUGUCUUUUAUUUUUGUGGUUUUCUUCAUCAUUCUAAUGAUUGGCAGAAGUCUUGAUGCAACAUCUCGCUGGGAACACAUGAGCUUUAAUGCAGAAGAUAUUCACAGAACAGUGGACAGUUCAAUGCACCAGAAGGAAAGGGCUAAAGAAGUACUUGGUAUGGAGUUAUACCCUACAGGAUCCAGCCUCCCAGACUGCUCCCAUGCAUGCGGUCCAUGUUUUCCAUGCAAAAGGGUGAUGGUGAGCUUCAAGUGCUCUGUUGCAGAGUCCUGUCCAACUGUUUACAGAUGCAUGUGUAAAGGGAAAUAUUACCAUGUACCCUCCAAUUGAGCAAAAAUUCAAUCUGGAGGAAUUUGCAGCAAAGAACAGAGAAAUUAAUGAUUGGGUUGGCACUUAGCACUUAUAUGAUGACUAAGGAUAUAACAUAGACUAAGACUAUAGUCUCUAUUGGUUUCAUUAGGGUUUAUUUUCUUCUACCGGAAUCAUUUUGUAAGAGAAAAUAGCUGAGGGAACAAAUUUUCAAGCACGGGAAGUUUAAUUAGGUAGUGAUAACUCAGUUUGGUCUACUCUAGGAGUGUGCAAAAUUGUUUCCCUAGUUAUAUAACUCUACUUUAAAGACAUGUCGUGACAUUUGGCUUGUCCUGUUUCUGCCUUCCCAGGUUUCUAAGUUGAGAAUAUACAGUUGAAUGGAGGUUUGGAAAACAAGCCAGAAUCAGAGGAUAACCUUGUAAAGUUUAGUGUGUCAGAGGGACAUACAUCCAUGUUUUCAAAUUCAACCAAAAUACAUAUUCAUUCAGCCCGAGCUCAAGGAACUAUGUUCUGCUCUUUAGGUUGAAGGAAGCAAUACGGAAAAAUUCAUAAAAGAUAUGAUCAAAACCAAUGAACCAGGAUCACUGUUUUUGUGAAUGACCAUCUGUAGAAGAGGAUUUCCAAACAAAACAAUCAAUGAGGUAAAUAUAACAAUAGUAGAGUAUCCUAUCAUUACAAGAGCAAACAACAAUGGCUGGUUUGCAGAAAUUAAUGAAAAUGUAAACUAAGGGAAAUUGUAGAAGAGAAAAAAAAGGCAUAAAAAUAGUGAGUUUUCUAUAGCAAAUAACACUUGUAAUUCAAACAUUCAAACAGAAAUUAAACAGCUGCACGGACCCAAACUGCUAAACAAUAUGAAUUUGAAAACCACCCAAAACUCGUUCUAUAACAGAUGGAUUCUAGACCUCAAGCUCACUCUUAGGCAUGAAAAAAACAAACUUUCUUGAGUCCCCGACAAAGACAUCAGCAUACUUCUGCCUUUAUCAAUGCUCAUUCAAAUAUCACACUCACACCGAACAGGUUCGUAAAUUCUUCAUAACCUCAAACCUGGAAUCCAGUACCCUAUCAAAAUUUCAUCCGUUGUUAGUUUCUGAUGGUUUCGUCAUCGCAGACUAUAAAUUGCACCCUAAUCUAUGAUAUUCUUCUUUCUCGAUGAGUGUUCAGAAGUAGGAACUUGGAUAACUUAAUGCAAUCAGAACCCUAAGACUAUCUCAUCCACGUUCGUGAAUACCAUAAGGAACAGGGGAAAAUACUCCGCAGGAAUCAUAUGUACCAUUAUAGCAGAUUUCGUGUUGAUAUCGAAAUUCAAUAGGAAAUCCACAGACUAACCGAACCAGAAUGAGAACAGACAAAUUGAUGGAUGGAAAUAUUCUGUGAGAAAUUUCCAUGUAAUUA